GUUGCAGUAGUCCCAGGGUGGGAAUCCCAAGGCUGUUGGAUUGACAGCGUAGGAGAUCGAACUCUCCAAGGUACUUACAACGCUGGUGGAACCAACUCAGCGCAAUCUUGUCUCUUGUUCUGCACGAGCGGGGGAUUCGCUUAUGCUGGAAUGGAGUACUCAAUUGAGUGCUUCUGUUCUAACGCUAUUCUUGCUGGCACUUCUGCCCAGGACGCUGCUGACUGCAACAUGGCAUGCAAUGGCGACAAAUCCGAGUUCUGCGGAGGCUCGAAUAGACUGAACCUAUAUCAAGUCACUUCUACGGCCACCAGCAGCGCAACAACAUCGGCACCACCGUCCGCAGAGCCACUCCCCACUGGGUGGACUGCUAGAGGAUGCUAUUCAGACAGCCUAGCUGCACGUACGUUAAAGACCUUCUUCUCGAUCCCGGGAGGUGCGGAAGCAAUGACCGUCGAAGCGUGUGUUGCAGGGUGUGCAAGCAGCGGAUUCACGAUAGCAGGCCUCGAAUAUGCACAGGAGUGUUGGUGCGGCGUUGAACACCAAAAUGGAGGGCAAGCGGUCUCAAGCCCUGAGACAAACUGUUACAUGCCUUGUAAAGGUAAUGCUGCUGAGAUCUGUGGUGGCCCAGACCGACUAAAUGUCUAUGCCAUCGGUGAUCCGCUGGGC